UCCUCCACCAUCUCCGCCAGCCUCGGCACCCCCGCCCCCUCCAACUCCGCCUCCUUCCGCCCCAGGCUCAUCCGCAACGUCCCCGUCCAGGCCGCCCCCGUCGCACCUGCAUUGUAAUUCGGAGGGAGAUCAAAAAAACUAGAGUCGUACUCGUGAUAGAGAGGAGAGGAGAAGAUGAGUGGCUGCCUUUGCCUGCCGUGCUGCUAUAAGAAGGCCCCUGGCGGGGAGAUCCCAGCAGCGGUAGAUUCUUCCUCCUCGUCACUCCUCCAGAAGCCAACCACCAACCCCCCACCACCACCUCCUCCAGUUCCAGCCUCCAACAAGAUGGACGCCGCCGUGGAGCGCCUCCAGACCGGGUUCCAGAAGUUCAAGACCGAUGUCUACGACAAGAAGCCCGACCUGUUCGAGCCCCUCAAGGCCGGCCAGGCGCCCAAGUACAUGGUGUUCGCGUGCGCCGACUCGCGUGUGUGCCCGUCGGUGACCCUGGGCCUGGAGCCCGGCGAAGCCUUCACUGUCCGCAACAUCGCCAACAUGGUCCCGGCCUACUGCAAGAACAAGUACGCCGGUAUUGGAUCAGCCAUCGAGUACGCCGUGUGCGCUCUCAAGGUUGAGGUCAUCGUGGUGAUUGGCCACAGCUGCUGCGGUGGAAUCAAGGCACUCCUGUCACUCAAGGAUGGCGCAGACGACUCCUUCCACUUCGUCGAGGACUGGGUCAGGAUCGGGCACCCUGCUAAGAUGAAGGUGAAGAAAGAGUGCUCCUCCUUGUCUUUCGAUGAGCAAUGCGCCGUCUUGGAAAAGGAGGCCGUGAACACGUCCCUCCAGAACCUCAAGACCUACCCGUUUGUCACCGAAGGUGUGGCCAACGGAACCCUCAAGCUCGUCGGCGGACACUACGACUUCGUCUCCGGCAAGUUCGACACAUGGGAACUGUAAAUCUUCCCAUCGGUUAACUCCUACACAUACAUACGUACAUAUAUAUACCAAGAUAUCUUCCGGCCGACCGACCGACCGACGUGGAUGCAGUGCCAUGGAGUACGAGCUUGUUGUUUUGCAGUGCUGAAUGCUGGAUGGCUCGAUGUGAAUUUGUAAUAAGCCAUAUAGUUGUUUCUACCAUUUUCUGACGACCGGUUGUACGUCUGAUGCAUAAUUUGAUCGCCAUGUGAUCAAAAGACAUCAUAUAUAUUUUUAAUAAUAUUUUCACCAAGAGUUUACCUUUUA